ACCUGGAAGUGAGACAAUGGCGUCUUAUUUCCUAUUCCUGUUUCUUAUUCCGGCGUCAGCACUUAUUAUGGAGGACACAGUUCCCCCAAUGUUAGAGGAAUGUUACUCUGGGCAAGUUCAUAAAAAUAUAACCCCAUAUGAGGUUCAAACGAGCUGUUUAGAAAGUUUUUUAGGACAAAUGUACAAAAAUACUAGUACGUUACGUCUAGGGAAGGAAGCCUAUGCCUGGUUAGAUUCUCUUGGAAGAGAUAUACAUAUUCGGCUGAGACGACAGUCAAGAGGGAGGAAUAACCAGUAUAACAGAAACAUAAUGCGCGUACGGAAGGAAAUACGAACAUUAAGUGAAGACGAAAGGGAAGAUUUCUUUGACGCAGUAAGAGCAUUGAAGGCAGAUAAAUCGGUCAAUCCAAACCAAUAUGAUGUGCUUGCAUUGAUGCACCAAGGAGACGCCGUCGAUUCUGCACAUGGUGGCCCAAACUUUGUCAGUUGGCAUAGAUAUUACCUCUUAUUGUUCGAAAAUGCUCUUCGGACGAAAAAAAGACGAGUGACUCUUCCAUACUGGGAUUCAACUCUAGAUCACUUGAUGGACAAACCAGAGGAUACUAUCUUAUUUACAGAAAUAUUUUUGGGGAACCCAAAAGGCAUUGUGUAUUCAGGUCCGUUUGCACUAUGGAAUACCCCAACAGAUCCACCAACUAUUUUGAGACGCGACAUUCCAGGACUCCUCAGUUCUCUUAUCAAUCCGCAAACAUUACAACAAGUUUUUAAAAAAAAAUAUCACAGAGAAAUUCUUUCACCAACAAAUGUAGAGGAUGAUGCCAAUCUUGAGUACCACCAUGAUGGUGUUCACGUGUGGGUUGGAGGUGAGGAUGGACAUAUGGGUGGCGUCUAUACUAGUCCAAUGGACCCCGUUUUCUUUCUUCAUCAUUGCUAUAUAGAUUAUCUUUGGGAACAAUUCAGACAACGACAAAAAAGAUUUGGAAUAAAUUCAGAAACUGAUUAUCCACCAACAACUGACACGUACCAUUCACCAAGUAGAAUUAUGGAUAAUUUGAAACCACCAAAAAAAAAUAGUGAUGGAUACAGUAACUCAUUUACACGUAACAUUUACAGAUAUGAACCUGCUCCGUCUUGUAAAAAUAAUUGUGGAAGAGCGAAAAAAGGAUUUUUAUUUUGUGAUAGAAAGAAGAGGGCAUGUGUUGCAAGAUCUAGAUACGAUUUUAGGAAUGAAGAUGGAUUUAAAAGUGUUAGAAACUGGUACCAGGGUGGGCGAAAGAUUAGAAUACCACAGAGUGUUCAAACUGUAGAACCUGUUAGAAAUAUAAACCCCAAUAUUCGAACCUUAGCCGGACCUGCAGCUGAUAGUGAAGGAGGAGUUCCCUCCGGAUUUGAUUUAAAAGUAGACCAACAGAAAACUAGAGCUAACAAGGCUCCAAAACUUACACGAAAAUUUAAAGCACGUAUCGUAGAUCCUAGAACUAAGAGUCGUCAACGUAGAUCAAUUGAUCAAAGGUUUGCAAGUAAUAAUGUCAGAAUUACUUUUGAUAUAGAUAUGCAUCUGAGACAAGAGAUGGGAAAUAAUAAUUCAUUAAAUUGGAUCCCAUAUAACUUAGACAAUUGGGCUGUGGCCCCAAUUGCAAUUACAAACAAACAUGACAAACUACAUACACUAGACCAAAAUCAAAGGACAUUCAACAUAACAUUUCAAACUGAUGGAUUCUCCUAUCGUGGUAGACAUACGGAAUACAUUACUGUAGACGAACGAACACUCACUUCUGAAUCAGUUGGUAGUAUUGCCUUUGAGAAUCCAGUGUCUGGAGAAACAAAAGCAUUUGUAAGAGCAUACGACUCCUAUGGUAAACUGUGUAAACCAAGUUGUCUGGUAUCGCAAUCAAGGUAUAAGGAAUGUUCUGGGAUGAUAAAAGUCACAUCCGAUUAUCCUCAUAUGUACGUUGAUUCAUAUAAUGGUGCUUCUGAUUCAGAUAUGAAACCAUUUUUGAAGUUCGAUUGUAUGAAUUAAGUAAAUUUUAACUUUUGUUAUAUUUCUGUCAGACCAUACAAAAUAUUUUAAUAUAAUGUACUAAUUAUUCUAGUAUAAGAUGAAAAUAAAAAAUA